AGUAGACUGCUCAUAACAAUAAGGCUUUAGAUACCAUAUAUUGAAUAUGUCUGGCACUAAAGCUCUAUUAUUUUUGUAGCUACAUGGGUGGUUAACCUAAUCAACCUAUAGCUCAGCUGCUUCGGUUUGAUCUCCGUAAUUUAAGCACGAACUAGAGCAGGGCAGCGCUAGUUAAACGUAUUUAGAUCAGACGAUGUUCACGCUAUAAUUAAGGAGUAUUUUUUUGUCUUUCAAUAAGGGCGUUGGCCUCGAUUACGUAAGCGCUGCGGGAUUUUUUUGCUGCGUCAUUGAAAAAGGACACGUUGUUUCACGGUUUUUUAUUUAUGAACAUUGAGAUUUAGCACUGCUCGUUCACGGUUUGUUUCGCCAUUAAAUACGUUUUAUGAAAGAAAAUCACCUUUCGGAAAACAAACCAACCUAGAAUCUCUAAUUCUUUUGCAAUUACAUACUCGACGGCCAUUGGUUGAUGGAAGUGAUGUCAUUAGUUGCCACCAUUUUUUAGCGUUUGCCUCGUCUCGUCGAACCAAUCGUGUAUCGCUUUUUUGAUUGCUCCGCCUCCACACUCCGUGACGCUUCCGAGGCUACUUAAACUUGCGGUUUGGUCAACGGCGCCAUUCCAGCCUUUGUCGUCAGGUUUUACCUACCUGUGUUCAACUUGGCUUCAUCGUCGCACCAAACUGUUGGACAAUAGUUUAAGUUAAUAUCAAAAGAUCAAGGACCUUCAAUUUUGGAAACAGUAGAAGACCAAAAUACAAGGGAGCCUCGUCACACACCUUCUACACCACGUUUUCCUCUUAAUUCUUUUUUAAAAUUUUUUAUAAACUUAUAUGCUUAUCUGCCCUUUAAAUAAGGAGACUCUGGGCUCUUAUUAAUAGUUAGCAGUCUAAAAUACAGGCGUUCAAAAUAUAUCCUCUUUCACUUAUUUUUUUUUCUAUUUGGAGCUUGAAAAGGGCAUAUUUGAUAAUUGUAAGGUAAUGGCAGCUGGCCAGCCCUAUAAACCUUAAAUUUUGAAUACAAUGCCGACCACAGCCUUUGUGUGGUCUUAAUCCCAAGGCAACUUUUUUAAGAGGAUAUAUUCCUUAAUACGCCCCCACCCCCACUUUUUCUUUUUUUUUUUCUUUUUUUUUUUUUUAGCCCAGUUCCAACGUACGAAGAGGUGAAGGAGAAUUUUGGAUAAACCCUGAAAUCAUGGGGUCAGGAGCUAUUGACCCUCUAGAGCUUUUGAAGGGGCUGGAUAAUAUACUCGGGCAAAGUGGUGAAGUAAAAGCAAUUGAAGGAAUGGCCAAGAUAUUCCACCUUAUGAAAGAAUCACAAAAGAUGGUUAGCCGUUGCAUUUACUUGAACAUUGUUCUCCAGACACAUUCCCCUGAUAUUCUGUCCAAGUUUAUUCGUGUUGGAGGGUAUAAGUUACUGAAUAGCUGGUUGACUUAUGCGCGGACUUGUAAUAACAGCCCACUUUUGUACCUGAUUCUCCUCACACUGCAGCAUCUGCCUUUAACUGUUGAUCAUCUAAAACUGAAUAACACUGCCAAACUUGUAAAACAACUCAGCAAAUCCAGUGAGGAUGAAGAACUUCGAAAAGUAGCUGGAAUUUUGGUCAAUGACUGGAUGGCAGUUAUCAGGUCCCAGAGCAACAUACAGCCUGCUGGCCUCCUCCUCAUAGAUAAAGAGAAGAAAAAGAAAAAAGAGGAUCCUAAAGCCCGCAGCCCAGUCCUUGACAAGACCUUAGAAGCGAAAUCUGAAGCUAAAGCAGAGGAUGGUGGAGAAAAAAAAAAGGAGAAGCCCAAAACUCUGCGUACAACAGCCCCAAGUCAUGCAAAAUUUAGAUCCACUGGUCUUGAAGUAGAAGCUCCGUCACUUGUUCCUGUUAAGAAACCUACACCUGUUCCGGUCCUGUCUGACAAGUAUUUGAAACCAGUUCCUGUAAAGAGACCGAGUUCAGUUCCAGUUCCUGGUGAUGCAGCUCCAGCAGAGAAAAAAUACAAACCUCUGAACACAGUUCCUAACACUACUAAAGAAAUUAAGGUCAAGAUAAUUCCACCACAGCCCAUGGAGAGUUUGGGAUUUUUAGAUGCAUUAAAUUCAGCCCCUGUUCCUGGAAUAAAAAUCAAGAAGAAAAAGAAGGGUAGUUCACCUACUGGUAAUAAGCCCAGUCCGUUUGAUAGCAAGUGCCCAGCUGAAGGAAGUAGUAUCGCCAAACCUUCAUCGCCUGAGCCAGAGCCCCCAGUAGAAGGAAUGGAAGUGGAGCGUCCAGGAACACCAGUUCCAGCUGUUGAACUCCCAGAGCCCAUGGAAACUUCUGCAUCAACACCACCUCCUCCUGUGCCCUCUGAAACCAAGCCUACUGAAGCUGAUGCUUCUCAGUUGACCAAGAAAGGGAAGAAAAGGAAAACAGUCAGUUGGCCUGAAGAGAGCCGCCUCAGGGAAUACUUCUAUUUUGAGCUGGAUGAAACUGAGAGAGUCAAUGUAAACAAGAUUAAAGACUUUGGUGAAGCAGCAAAGCGGGAGAUGUUAAAGGACCGGCAAGCUUUUCAAAACGCACGUCGCCUUAGUCAUGAUAAUAUGGAGGAGACCAUUCCUUGGGUACCACCUCGGCUUCUCAAUCUUCCUGGGGCUUUGGUGCAAAUGGGAAGUAACAGCACAGAAAAGCACACACAGGCAGAAAGAGAAAUGGGUAUUCUCCAGGAGAUCUUUCUGUCUAAGGAGAGUGUUCCUGAUACACCCCAUGAACCUGACCCUGAAUCAUAUGAACCAUCACCUCCUAAACUUAUACCUCUAGAUGAGGAUUGCUCAAUGGAUGAUGCUGUUUACCCUGAACCCAUGGACCAGAGCCUUGCAUCUCAGUCUCCAGACUUAUCAGGUGGAGCAAAACUUCCACCUGUCCUUGCUAACCUAAUGGGAAGCAUGGGAAGUUCCAAAACACAACCUAACCCUUUGCCAGGAACUAUGCAGGAAAUACUGACAUCCAUAAUGGGUGCCCAAGGUAAUGCAAAACCAGAGGACCUAAUGAAGCAGCCAGAUUUUUCAGACAAGAUCAAGCAACUACUGGGCUCUUUGCAGAAUCAAAAUCAGAACCAAGGUCCACCAGGGCCAGCUGGACAAGGAUCACAGGGACCAGUUGCAGUUAAUAAUGGCUUUCCUCCUGCAGCUCCAAAAAACCAUCAGCCACCACCUCCACAUCAUCAACCACCACCUCAGCAUUACCCUCCACCAGGUCCCAAUGGACCAUUUCAAGGACCACAUGGUCCUCCAGGUGGUCCACGCAUGAUGGGGCCACCUCCCCCGCAGCGAGAUGGUUAUUGGGAACCCCCACCAAAUGAAAACAUGAGAGGAGGGCACCAUGGAGGAGAAAGAGGAGGAAUGAGAGGUGGUGAUAGAGGGCCUCCACCUCCUCCCUUUCAUCGAAAUCGAGGAGGGAGAGGAGGUGAACCUGGCUAUAGAGGGAGAGGUCGUGGAGGUGAAAGGGGACAUCCAGGAAGAAAUGGACCAUAUGGCAUGGGACAUGGAGAUCACCGUGGUCAUGGGGGGCAUGGCGGAGAGCACCGUGGACAUGGCGGAGACCACCGUGGUCAUGGAGGACAUGGAGAGCACAGGGGACAUGGGCAUGGAGGAGACAUGUCUACCCGUCCAACUUGUCGACACUUUAUGAUGAAGGGCAACUGCCGUUAUGAGAACAACUGUGCCUUUUACCACCCUGGUAUAAAUGGGCCACCAUUGCCCUAAACCUACAAUCUCAAUUUCUAAAGCAUAGAUGUUUUACAGGAACAGGAGCAAGUGGACAACUUGAGAUCAUUUUUUCAUUAGUAUUUUUUCCUAAUAUGGCUUCUGUGAGGCCUAAUUCUUUCCCUCAUUCACCAACUUUUGGGCGCAGGGGCAAAUGGACAUUCAGAAAUUUUUAUUCUAGCCCAGUGAAGGAACACUUGCAUGUGUGAAUUGUUUACUAUUGGUCCCAGGUGAACUUGUGUUAUUUAUUCCGUUUGCGGCAUUUAUAAUGGCUUAUUUUGGGAUAAAUGCUCACAAAGGUGUUCCUUGACCUUUGAGGAGUUUAAAAAGAAAUUGUGGGUGAACUUAAAAUGUAUUAAAAGGUUUGCAGCUUGUUUGGGAGUAUUUCUCAUUAUUUACUUGACACUCCCAAUAAUAUUUUUCUCUAUGCCAUUUUUUCCACUCUCUGUAAUCUAAUUUAUGCUAUUAUCGGUUGAAAAGUGUUCACUUACCAGACCCUUUCUCUCUGCUAUAAUGUCAACAUAACUUGCCACCUAAAGUUUGUAAAUGUAAAACAUAUUACAAGCAGUAUAUUGCCACCCUCUGACCAUUUUGAUCCUGUUUCCAGGCUGGGUUUAUCAAGAGUUUGAAACUCAAAUCUUGUACUAGAUUAAAAGUUAUUUUGCUUUUUUCAGCCAAACUAUUUUCUGAUUCCCUCUUGCUGCUUUCCUGAAACACUACAUCUCUAUUGUAUCACAAAAUUACACUCUGCAAAUGCCAAACCAAAAGACUAUUGAGAAGCUACAAUGUACAAUAUUGAUCACUGUUAUAAAGGGUUUUGCAUAAUGAUAUUGAGUUCCACAAAGAUAAUGAACAUGGCAACUUAUGUAUCUAUAUACUGUAACUACUCUACAGAAAGUCACUGUUAAUCAGUAAAUAUUUCCAUAUUUAAAUUCUUUGCAAAACCAAUGCAUAUUUGAUCGCUGACCUUAAUAAAAAUACAGUAUUAGAGUAAUCUCAGAUGUGUAUGCCUUGGAUCCAUACAAAUCCAGGGUAGAAAACAGCUGUGAUUCUGAAAAUGUUUUCUGUGAAAACUGACCCAGAAUAUGUUUGUAUUUGUUUUUUUUUUUUUUUAUUAUAUUUCCUUUUAUGGGUCCCCUAAUGGAUUCUAAGUUUCUUUUUGUAUACUUGAAAAUACUUGUAAAUGAGAAAUAAACUCAAUUAUAAGAUGUU